UUUUGAUGUGGUAUACCAGUGCAUUCAUAGUGAGAAACUGUCCAUAAAUAUUAACACUACGAACAUUGCUAAAAGUGUUUAGUAACUUCUAAUAUAUCCAAGAUGGCGCCAGAAAGUAGAGUCAAUGAUUCUGUGCAUCUGUACAUGUCUGAUUUGAGUAGUCGUAUAGUUGCAAAAACUGGAAACCCGUCCGACCGAUACCAUUUGGGUCAACUGAUUCUACAGGGCCUUAAGGAUGAUCCUGACUUUUUAUUGCAGAUUGACGGAUCAUCGGGGGAAUCAGAAACGUCCGGCUCAGUAUUAGAAAGAUCUGUGCGUUUCGCCAUGAGUCUGCGGAAAUUGGGAAUAAAACGAGGAGAAGUCAUGGUGCUUUUGGCCCCUAACCAUUUGGAUGUAACUAUCGCUUUAUAUGCUGGACUGUAUCUUGGAAUUAUUGUGUGUGGUAUCGAGCCAAGUACACCACCUGUUGACCUACAGCCACUUAUAUCUAUUUCGAAACCUUCCAUAAUCCUUUGUCAGAGCGAUGUUGCUUCAAAAGCACAAAUGGUUUCACUCAACUUGAAUUUAAACCCCCACAUCAUUACUUUUGAUAAAGGGGAUUUUUGUCAUUAUAUUGAUUUCAUGGAAAUGUACAAAGAUGACACGCCCGUGGAGGAAUUCAAGUGUUCAGAUUUAGAUCCUGAAAAAUCAGUGGCGUUCAUCGUUAACACAAGCGGAACCACGGGUCAACCCAAAAGUAUUAUGCACUCACAUAAAUAUUUCGCUAUACUUCUACCACACAUAUGGGCCAAAUACAGGAAAUUCCCGACACCAACAAAGUUGGUGUUGAUUGGAUCUCCCCUCCAAUGGUCGACUGCAAUGACAAGUUUUAUCAGAUCCGCUGUAUUACGAUACACACGGGUGCAGAGUUCACAUAAACUUACACCAGAAACGAUGAUGCAUCUCAUUAAUAAAUACAGGCCAACAUAUUCGAUAUUCUCGCCGACUUUGAUGUCGUCACUGCUAAAACUGAAUAAAGUUGACUUCACCUGCUAUGAAGAAAUCAUGUUAUGUGGCCUCCCCGUACCUCAGAGCCUCAUUAAUGAAAUCAAGACUCUAACGCCGAAAACUUCUGUACUAAAUUUGUUUGGAAUGAGUGAACUGGCCGGCCUUGGGUUCUUCGGUGACAACCCUGCGCCUGGAUCAUGUGGAAAACCAAUGAGUUGCUUCCAAUAUCGGUUACUGGAUGUGGAUACACAACAAGAAAUUCACGAACCGAAUGUUCCAGGAGAGAUAUUGAUCAAAGGACCUGUUCCAUUCCUAGGUUGUUAUAGGGACGCUGAAGCCACUAAAGACUUCCUAACCAGCGAUGGUUGGUUGAAAACCGGAGACAUAUUCUAUUUUGACGAGAAUUGGAACUACUAUUUUGUGGACAAAAUUAAACUGCAGAUCAAGUGCUGUUAUUACAGGAUGUCGCCUACAGAAAUAGAACAAGUAAUCCGUAGACAUCCAGGGGUAUUAGAUGUGGCAGUGACGAGUAUACCACACAGUGAAUGGGGGGACUUGCCAGUUGCUUGCGUCGUGCCAAAACCAGGAGCCAAACCUAGUGCUGAAGAGAUUAAGAACUUAGUUAAAGAUACGUUACAAGAACCGAAGAGAUUACUUGGAGGUGUCAUCUUCAUGGAUUUCAUGCCCAUGACGUCCACUACAAAGCUUGAGGGCCACGGAUGGGAUCCAAUAGGACUGAUGCCGAUACGGAGCCGCGGAGGACUUAACGGGUUGCCGGGGCUCCGGCUCGAAGGGCAGGAGUAG